AUGGCAUCGAAGGAGGAGGCUGUACAUUUGGUUUCCUCGGAUCUCGAGGUGCCCCAGGACCCGGAGGCCCUGGAGCCCACCGAGGCAUCCGGGUCCCAGGCGCCAUGCCGACCAUGGCUUGGUGCUGCUGUCACAGUCGGGGUCAUCGCUACAGCCUUGGUGGCCGCCGCACUCCUCCUCCUCUUGGACUCCCCAGAGGAGCGCCGGGGGAAGGCCCGCCUGCGCCUGCUGCAGGCCGCAGGAGGCAGUGCCAUCGGAUCCUGCUGGCUAAAAUGUGGGGCCGCUGUGGGCAAAGCCAUCCACGCAGUUGGUGCCUUCAUCUCCCAGAUGUUUGACAGCGCCGGCCGCUGUAUCCACUCGAUGUUCAGCUCUGUGAACCAAGGCUUUGGGGAUUGCUGCGGGUCGGUGGGCCACGGGCUGGGCCGAUGCCCUGGUUGCGGAGGAUGGUGCUCGCAUUGCUGGAAUGCUUCCGGCCGAUGCAUGGGCGGAUGCUGCAUGUCUUUGGGCAACCUCCUCAACGGGAUGCUGGUGGUGUUUGGAUCCUCCAUCUCUUCCUGCUGCGAGGUGCUGAGCGCCUUCUUUCAGAGCUCCUGGUCCAGCUGCGGCUACUUCCUGAAUGAGAUGUGCCCAUUCUGA